GCUCCACGGAGCUUUCCGAGACAAAAAAACGGAGGCUUCCGAGAAGGAAACAAUUGAUGCGCGUUGUUGGCAGAAGGAUCUAGAAAAAUGCGGCGUAUCGUUUGAUUUAUGGCGACUAUAUGGCGAGGCUUGGGAGAUGAAAAACAGAUGGAGCGAUAGCCGAAGGAUUCAAAUUGCAACCGCUUAUCGAGACAUUCGGAGGAGGAGGAGGACCAGUCCGUCGCCCCGUUUUUGUCGGAGGGGUGCGUGGUACGUGCGCCAGCGCUGAACGCGAUACGUCGUCCUCUCGUCGUAGUACGAGGUCGUGUCACACUUGUGUUGUCCCGCUCUUCCUAACCGCGAGGGAAGGUCCGGUCGUCGUGGGACAUCCGCGCGGACCCCAUCCCCGGGGAGUCUCGGGCGAGUUUGUCGGAGUUUGGUGUUCCCUACCGUUCCUCGCCACGAUGAACGGGAGCGCGAGGAACGAGCGGUCGAACGUCGACGACAUCGACGGCGCCUCCCUCGGCACCGACAUUCUCAACCCCUUCGUGCAUCGGCUCGAGCUCGGCUCGACCUACGAGAAGCUCAAGACGAUAUUCCUAACGAUCGCCCUUCUGCCGUUCAGACUAGCCGCAAUCACGACUUUGAUGAUCCUGGCGUGGCUAUUGGCCUGCUUCGGUCUACACGGAUUGUCGGAGGAGGAUCUUCGACGUGCUCCUCUCAAGGGAUGGAGGCGAGACAUGCGCGUCGUGAUCUGCUGGAUGAUGCGGGCAUUAUUUCUCUGCGGUGGAUUUCAUCACCUGAAGGUCAAGGGCCGGAAGGCGGAGACUAAGGAUGCACCGGUGCUGGCUCUCGCCCCGCAUUCCAGCUUCUUCGAUGCACUUCCGGUUGUAUACCUUGGCGGGCCGAGCAUCGUUGCCAAAGCGGAGAGUAGCCGCCUCCCUUUCUUUGGAAAACUCAUCAACUAUACACAGCCGGUUUACGUGUGGAGGGAAGAUCCGAAUUCUCGGCAGAAUACUAUCAAGGAGAUUAUUGAGAGGACUACCUCCAAGGAGGAUUGGCCGCAGGUUAUGAUAUUUCCCGAAGGAACCUGUACAAACCGGUCAUGCUUGAUUACGUUCAAAUCGGGCGCCUUUUAUCCCGGUGUACCGGUGCAACCAGUGUGCAUCAGGUAUCCCAACAAAUUGGACACGGUAACGUGGACGUGGGAAGGCCCUGGCGCAUUGAAAUUACUGUGGUUGACGUUAACGCAGUUAAACAGCAGCUGCGAGAUCGAAUUUCUUCCCGUUUAUAAUCCGAGCGAGGCGGAGAAACUGGAUCCCAAACUGUAUGCGAAUAAUGUACGACGUCUUAUGGCAGAGGCACUGAAAAUUCCCGUUUCCGAUUACACGUACGACGACUGCCGGAUCAUUAGAAAGGCCCAUCAGUUACAUCUUUCGCAUGCGUCCAAUAUCGUGAAAAGCCAUAAACUUCGGUACAAAUUAGGUUUAGUGGCAUCGAAAACGGAAGAAGAACUCGUCCAAAAGAAGAGGAACAACUUUGGCGAGGUGAAUCUGCAAGAGUUUGCGCAGAUCCUUAGAUUGGACGAUAAGGAUCCAACCACUCAACAACUGUUUCGCAUUCACGACAAGUUCGGACAAGGAAAGAUCGAUCUUGAAGAGUAUAUCUUUACCGUGUUGGCGAUGGCGAACGCGUCUUCCGAACUAGACAAGGUCGAGAUUGCAUUCAACAUAUGCGGCUCGAAAACACCGACGCGUUUGACCCAAUCGGAACUCAGGAAAGCCUUGAGGUUAUCGAUACGCAUACAACCGGAGGAAUCCGACAGGAUUUUUCAGCACGCCAGAAGCGACAUGAACGCUUGCACAGUGAGCUUUGACGAUGUUCUGACGCAACUGUCGAACCGAACGGAGUACGGGCAUUUAUUCGCCGCGAGUAACGAAAGCGCGAAGAAGGCCAUUUGAAAGUGUCUUCUAGAGCCCGAUGAUUCUUCUAGAGAUCAUCGAGGCAGGCCUUUCCUUAGUCCCAUCUGCUCCACUCCCGUAUGAGAAACGUAUCCAAGAUGCUUCGAGGAUUUUAAAGCAAAACUUUUGUCGUCUGCGGAAGCUGCAGUUGCACGUAAGCGGCAAUUUAGACAGCUAGCCCGUGUCUUUCCUAUAAUCCCGUAAAUUAGAAGAAGUCGAGAAUUUAGCGACUUAGAAUUUUAAGUAGGAACCUAAAAUUCUAAGAUUCGAGGAUUCUAAAUGAUUUUAGAUUUGAUAAUUCAUCAAUUAAUUUAGUUAUGAAGGUUCUAGAAUCCGCGGAUGUGAAAAUCCAAAGAUACGCGACGUAUCCUAGAUGCCGAGAAUUUAAAGAUUCGAGGAUCUCACGAUCUAGAGGUCGAAGAUAUCGAGACUUGAAGAUCGAAAGAUCCUGUGAUCGAAUGUUUGGAAAAUGGAAAAGCCUAAGGAUCUGAAGAAGCAACUAUUUUAGGAACUGUACAUUUGAGAGAUAAGUUAGAAUAUGGAGAUUCAAGGAUCCUGUGAGGCACAUUUUCAAUUGAAGAUCUACGAGUGUCAAAUUACGAAAAAAAAACCGAUUCUUGCACUUUUUGAUGUACAGUACACAAUAUUAUAUAUAGUAUACAGUUAAGUGAGCCGAUCAUUAAGCUUCUUGCUAGCUCGAAGGGAUUUUGUGUAUCUACGACGUAGAGCUUGGACGCGCAUUUAGAGGAAAAGGAGAACAGGUAACGACAUAAUUUAUUUUUCGACCGGUGAUCCGAUAUACCGCAAUAUUCGGUGCACAUGUACAGACAUGCGAUCAUGCACGGGGACAUGAUGAUAUACAUAUACGCUAAAUUGUGUACAUACUUGUUGCACACCAUGAACCGGCACGUAUGUAAACACACACACACACACACAAGCGUAAGAAUAGACAAAGAGAUUGUGCGAAUCGAUCGUGUAUACCGUCUAUGUAUGCGCGCGCAAGUGCAUUCAUGUGUGUACGUGUAGACGUAUGUAUGUAUAUAGAAAGAAAAUAUGUGUAUGUGUGUAUAGUCAAAGAAAGAUUAUCCACUUUGUAAUUUCUGUAUAUGAACGAAAUGGCCAAAGUUAAAACAGCGCGCAUUGUUAGCGGUCAUUCUGAGUUAAAAAAAAAACUGAUAUGUUGAGUUAUAGAACAUUUUACUACAACGUAUGUUGAAAUAACAGUAUUUAUUGAACCGAAA